AUGGCGGAUAUUGAUCAUGAGUUGACUCGGUCGGGAGCUAUGAUCGGAUCCAACGACGACCUUUUACUUGAAAUCCUACGUUGGCUCCCUGUUGUUUCCAUCCUUCGAUUCAAAUCCGUAUCCAAACACUGGCGGUCACUGUUAAAUCACCAUCAUUUCAGUCACCUCUAUCGCAGCACUUCGCGCUCUCCUGGUCUUUUUGUCCGCGAUUUCUAUAUUCCGUAUGAUGUUGAAAACCAAACUACUCGUUUUCGCGGUCUUGAUUUCCAUCCGGAUCACCUUCGUAUUAAAAUUGUGCAGUCUUGUAAUGGAUUACUACUUUGCUGUAGUGAUCGAGGACACAAAGGAGCUCGUGCUUACUAUGUGUUUAAUCCGAUAACCAAGGAGUGUGCGAUCAUCCCCCCGAUAAUCGGGGGUCUGGAUGUUGUGACACGUAUCCGUUUUAUGGGUUUGGCGUUUCAUCAAACAGAUUGUGUUCAUUACAAAGUUAUUUGUAUUCAUCGUGAAAAAGAAUUUGAGCAACGGUUACAGUUACAAAUCUACUCCUCUAAAACGGGUAAGUGGAAGAAGACAACAAACGAAUCCUUCUGGGUAUCGUAUUACUCACCUUUCAGUGGCGGUGUGUAUUGGAAUCGAGCGUUUCACUGGGCUCCAUCUUAUACCCGUCCGAAUUACUUAAAGCUAGAUAAUGAAAAGUUGUUGGGGUUGCCAUUGCCAUCACCGUUGCCCGCAAGGGUGCGAUCUUUUGGUGGUUACCAUGAUGGAGUGAGGCCCCUUUACUUUGGGGAAUCUAGAGGUCAUCUACAUUUGGUGGACGCUGAAAACUAUUUACACUUGAACGUGUAUGAGAUGUUGAGUGAUCAUUCGGGAUGGUUUGUCAAGUAUCAGGUGGAGCUUGAUGAUCUUGAGGUCACUUAUCCGGAUAUAAUUCAUGUGCUCCAACAAGAGUCUAGACCUCAUUACUACAAGUUCGAAAUCUUGGAUGUUGUUAGAGGUGAAAACGAAGAAGAAGUAGAUGACACAUUCAUGGUGAUCAAAGUUUCGAAAAAGAUCAUUUGGUAUAGUAUUUUGGACAAGAGUUUCAAGCAAUUAUUCGAUCUCACCAACACGUUACAUCAAAGUAUAGGACCAUGGGAUGUUCAUCGUUAUACAGGCUCCACAACUUCUUUCUAA